GUUUAAUUUGGACGGCCGAAAGAGUUUGACGUAUUGUAAAUUUUAAAUUUUAGGAACAUUCAAUUAUUAAAUAUGAGUGGCAAGUUACAUAAAGUCCCUUAUGAAGAUGCCCUGGAUAUGACAGGUUUCGGCAAAUACAACUUGCUAAUGGGCAUAGUAUGCGGCAUCAUGAUCGUAGCUAUGGCCUUCGAGAGCCUCUCGGUCAGCUACUUGGUACCAGCUAGUGCUUGUGAGCUCGAAACCACUACUCUGCAACAGGGGCUCAUGGCUGCAGUGCCCAUUAUAGGUAUCCUGGCCACGUCACAUAUUUGGGGCUACUUAGCAGACAUGCGCGGGCGUCGAAAAAUUCUUCAACUAUCACUUGUGCUCGGGUUCGUUAGUGGUGCGCUUGCUGGUUUCUCGCCUCACUGGAUUGUCUUCUGCGUUCUUAAGUUUCUGUCAUGCACUUCAGUUUCAGGAACAUUUGCGCUCGCCUUCACGCUACUAGGAGAGACUACUCCUCGUACCAAACGUAACAUGGUGAUCUUAAUGGAGAGCAGUAUGUAUCUCAUUUGCACUGGAUUCAUGGCCGUGUUGACCAUCCCGGUUCUUUCUCUCACAUUCUCUUACUACGUGCCAUACCUUGGUAUCUACUUCAACUCCUGGAGGCUCUUGAACAUCAUCUACAGCUUGCCAUGCGCUAUAGCUGCAGCAGUUGCCGUUUGUAUUGAUGAGAGCCCCAAGUACCUGCUGACUAAGGGCUUAGAGGAAGAAGCUUUGAAUGUCAUCAAGAGCAUGUAUGUCUUAAAUACUGGGAGAGACCUGGAGGACUUUCAGGUGAAAUCGAUCAUUUUGAACGAGGAUGUCACUUCUGAAUCACAAUACAAGUCACUUUGGGCAUCAAUAAAAGCACAGACAUUGCCUCUAGUAAAACCACCAUUGGCGCGAAAUACGUUUCUGCUCUCCAUCAUGUUUGCAUUGAUCUAUUUCUGCAUACACCCUUACAUCGUGUGGUUGCCCUUUAUUGCUGACGGCUUCAUGAAAUCAAUUGAUAAAGGGGAAACUGAUCUCACCAUCUGCCAAAUGCUUCGAUCAGCGGUAGUUUCUCAAAAUCAAACCUUAGAUGUUAUCGAAGCGGUAUGUAAUGCGAAAGACUGUUCCCUAAAUCAAUUUGCUAUGAUUAUCGUCCUCAUCAAUGGAUGUGUUCUCGGGAUGAUGAAUUUAGUCAUGAGUGGACUGAUCAACGUGAUCGGGAGAAAGCGAAUGCUUAUAAUUGUCCAAAUAAUCACGGGAACAGCAGGCAUAUGCAUUAACUUCAGCAGCACCUGGGUCGUUACAGCCGUCAUUUUCAUGGCUUUCAUCGGCAAUUGCCUUAAUUUCGCAGUCCUCACUACUUUCAGCGUCAACAUCUUCCCAACAUAUCUCAAAGCAAUGGCCGUGUGUUUAACACUGAUGGUGGGGCGAACCUGCGCUUUCUUCGGCGUCAACAUACUCAAGCAGUUGUUGAUCAGCGACUGCGAACUCUCCUUUUAUAUGUUCGGGGGAUUGACUGUCGCGGGCGGUAUAUUGGGAUUUCUGCUGCCAGCCGAUGAUCCAAAAGAAAAGCCUGGAGAAAAUAAGGCUCCUGAAACUUGAAAGGACUGAUAUUAUAUAUAUAAACUACCUAUAUAUUCAUGUUAAUUAUGUUGCAAGAGUGCAGAUAGUCAAAUAUUUUAAAAGACCUUUGAGUGAACGUUCUCUGGGGGUCUAAGAUAAAUCAAAAUGUCCUAGUGAUGGUCACGGGAUCCUGCCUUUUCGCCGAAAAUUGUAUUGCCGAAUUUCACUUGCCAACCAACUUUUCGGAGAAGUUUCAUUUGGCCGAUGACGUACUAGGUUGAAUUAUGUAAAGUUGGGAAAUGAAAUUCGGCCAAAUGAGACUUCUGCGAAAAGUUGGUUGUUAAGUGAUAUUCGGCAAUACAAUUUUCGGCGAAAAGGCAGAGAACCGAUGGUCACUGUUCCAAUGGUUGAAACCUUCACUCUUAAUUCCAAGCAUGGAUGGUUACCGGUAUAACUUAAAAUCAAAAUAUCACGUAGCAUUUAGCAUUCUUCAUUAUACCUAGGUAGCAAAGUGACGUCAGUGACGUACAAAUGACGUCAUUUAUACGUCAUAAUGACGUAACGGACGUCAUAAUGACGUCUAAAUGCUACCUGACAUAAACAACCGAGAUACCGAAAUUGGAUACCGGUUAAUUUGUAUAAAAAAUAUACCGGUAUUCGAUCCCUGAUUCCAAUUUCCAAGUAAUAGAGGCGAAAAAUGUGCCAUCUAGUGUCAACCAUUGGAAUUAGGCUGUCAUACACACGUAUUAACCUUAUUCUUAUCAGACUUAGUUGCUUUUGAGAGACAAAUUUCGUAACUUGAUUUGUCAUUGUUAAUAAAACGAUUAUGUUGUCAGCAAAAUUGUUCCAUAAGACUGCAAUUAGUAGGUAUAGUCUGUCAAGCCAUUUCCGUCAGUAGGAAAAAGCGGCAAAUUUAAAAAAAAAAUGGCGCGAAUGUUAUCGUCCCGUAGAACAUUUGGAUUUCGCGCCUUUUUUACUGACAAUGUUGUUUGACAGACUAUACCUGUGGUAAUUUUGACUACGUUUUCAUUUCUU